AUGGCGACUCGGGAACGGAGUCUUUUCAACCCGAACCGAAUUCUUGCUCCCCUGCUGCAGAAUCUUUUCCAAUACCGGGACGAGAAAGACCAGCUGAAGACCAUGAACCUACCAGGUCCAGCGCGCAUAUCAGAGCAUGUGAUUCUCGAGCCAGACAUAUGGGAGUCGGACCUCACCGUCCGCGGUGUUGUGCACCAUGAUUGGGAAGACUACAUCUGCGCGAUGUGCAGAGGAUGGGGCCACAACACGAGAAAGAACACCGUGCUCUGCCUCGGUGGGCCAUGCCUGGCCGCUUUCCGCACACGGGCAGCCGACACCGAGAACAACCGCAUCGAGCUCAGGGUCACCCCUACCAAGGGCCUGGGCGUCUUUGCCCGGACAAACCUCCCCGCGGGCCGAGUGCUGGGUGAGUACCUGGGGGAGCUGCGGCCGGAGGAGGAGGACCCGGACGACAUCGACCACUACCAGUAUGUCAUUGAAGGUGUAGCCGCCAUCAGCGCCACACGAGCGGGCAACUGGACCCGCUUCCUCAACCACCACUGCAACCCAAACCUGUCCGUCAAGUCCGACAUGUACGGCCGCCGGCGCGCCAUCGUCUUCAGGACCAAGCGCCCCGUCAGCGCGGGCGAGGAGCUCUCCGUCGACUACGGCGACCCGCGGUACUUCGAGCCGCUGCGCAUCGACUGCGCGUGCGACGCGUUCGCGCAGCCGCACCAGCUCGGCGGCGCGCCGGCCAUGUUCUCGCGCGGCCCCGCCGUCACGGCGCAGUACCUCCCCUACACGGGCUCUCAGUUCAUGCAGAUCCGCCGCCGGGAGCCGAGCCCCGAGCCGGUUGAGGAUCCGGACGCGGGUCAGGGGUUGCUGCCUGAGCAGACGGGCCAGGUCUAUCGCGUCAACCUUGGACUGGGGGUCGUUACGGAAGAGGACCCUCAGGGUUCGACUUGA